AUGGGCGGCUGCUCCUUCUCCGCCUCCAUCGACCUCUCUCCUUCACCGUCACUUCUUCCGUCCGUCCCUCUCCUCUCCUCCUUCUCAUAUUAAUAGCAAUUCAUUCCUUCCCUCUCCCAGAUCCAUUCCCUUUCCCUCUCUUCUCCGUUCGUUCCCGACCUCAAUUCCUUCCUCUCCGUCCCAGAUCGGAUCGAAUCGCCUUCUCUUCCUUCUCCUGCGGCUGAUCUCGUCGGCCUCCGAUCGACGGAGAACUCCCCCCGCGCAUGCCUGCGUAGAUCCUGAUGAGGAGAAGCAGCAGCGGCGGAGGGGAAGGCGACCCGGAGGCGGCGAAGAUGAGCGCGAGGGCGGCGGCGGGGCCACCCUCGCCUGCGGAUGGGCGGUUCUUCACCGUCGGGCUCGUCGCCGCCUGGUACUCCUCCAACAUCGGGGUGCUCCUCCUCAAUAAGUACCUGCUCAGCAACUACGGGUUCAAGUACCCGAUCUUCCUCACCAUGUGCCACAUGGCGGCCUGCUCCCUCUUCAGCUACGUCUCCAUCGCCUGGCUCAAGAUCGUGCCGAUGCAGUCCGUCCGGUCGCGGGUCCAGUUCCUCAAGAUCGCUGCGCUCAGCCUCGUCUUCUGCGGUUCGGUGGUCAGCGGGAACGUGUCGCUCCGCUACCUCCCGGUCUCGUUCAAUCAGGCCGUUGGCGCCACCACGCCAUUCUUCACGGCCGUCUUCGCUUAUCUCAUGACUUUCCGGAAAGAGUCAUGGCUCACAUACAUUACCCUCGUGCCCGUCGUCACCGGUGUUAUUAUUGCUAGUGGGGGGGAGCCAAGCUUUCAUUUGUUUGGUUUUAUUAUGUGUAUUAGUGCCACUGCUGCUAGGGCACUUAAGUCAGUGCUGCAGGGAAUACUGAUGUCCUCUGAAGGGGAGAAGUUGAACUCCAUGAAUCUCCUUUUAUAUAUGGCUCCAAUAGCAGUUGUUUUGCUACUUCCUGCAACAAUUAUAAUGGAGAAAAAUGUGGUGGGCAUUACAUUGGCACUUGCUAGAAAAGACUUCAACAUUAUAUGGUACCUGCUGUUUAAUUCUUCUAUGGCCUACUUUGUGAAUUUGACCAAUUUUCUGGUCACUAAGCAUACCAGUGCUUUGACACUCCAGGUUCUGGGAAACGCAAAAGGAGCUGUGGCAGUGGUUAUCUCAAUCUUAAUAUUCAGGAACCCAGUUUCCUUCACAGGAAUGGCUGGGUACACACUUACCAUCAUCGGUGUAAUCCUCUACAGCGAGUCUAAGAAGCGUAACAAGGGAGGCUAAUUCAAGGAGAACCACCAGUAAACUCUUCUACCUCCCUAAUCGUUAUUCCUUCGUCAAACGCACCCUUUAAUUUUACAAAAUCACAUAGAUGCACUCCCCCUCUCUUCCAUUUGGAUGCUGAAUAGUGCUGUAGAUGGGAGCUAUUUGUUGUACCAUGCCUCACUUUCAUUAGUUAGAAUGCAUUCUGGGCCUUUAUCAUAUCAAUGGCUAUAGACAAAUAGGUUCAGUAGUUUGAGUUCUUACAUUCUUUGUGACAGUAUUUGUUCCAUCUAUAAAUUCAGACGAACAUCAUUUUGUCGAUACAAAUCACCAUUUUUUCCUUUCA